GAGGACAAACACCAUCAACAGCAUUUUUCUGAAACACGUUUCCAAUCUCUUCUUUGUCAUGAAUGUGCCAGACACACUGAGGAUUGCCCUGUUGGGGAAAACUGGAUCUGGGAAGAGCAGCCUGGCCAACACCAUCUUUGAGAAGGCAGUCUUCAGACCCAAACAAUUUACCAGCUCAGAGGAGGCUCGCUGUCAGGGAGAGACGGGACACGUUCAUGGCAGGAGCCUCACUGUGAUCGACACUCCUGGCUUUUUCCAUCCAGGUCUGUCUGAGAAGGAGCUGAAGGGUGAGAUGGUGAGGUGUGUCUCAGAGUGCAUUCCUGGGCCCCAUGCUUUUCUUCUUGUGCUGAGAGUGGAGAAGUUUACGUCACAGGAGGAACAGGUCAUCAGGAACAUAGAGGACUAUUUCUCUGCUGAUGUUUUUAAGUAUUCUGUAGUCGUUUUCACACACGGCAACCAGUUGGCUGAUGAAAUGAAGAUCGAGGAGUUUAUUGGAAGAAAUCGACAACUGAAAGAUCUGGUGGCGAGGUGCGGAGAGAGGUGCCAUGUCGUCGAUAAUAAAUACUGGAAAAACAACCAGCAGGACGAGACCAGAAGCAACCGGUUCCAGGUGGCGCAGCUGAUCAACACCAUUGAAAAGAUGGUAGCAAAAAACAAUGGCGGCUGCUACACCACCAGCAUGCUGAAACACCGGCAGAAAGAACAAUGGAAUUAUUCUGUGGAGAAGAUGGAGUGA